AUGUCUGAGGGCCAGUCCAACGCAGCAUCCUUUGAUUCUGUGAAGCGUCUAGCUCCAAUUCUGGUCACCCGCCUCGGGCGGCGGCGCCGGGGGCCCCGCGGGCUUCGCGGAGGCCCUGCUCUUCGGGUAUUUACGGCCGCGGCCGCCCGCUCGGGCUCAAGUCUGCGCUUUCAGGUUCAGUUUCAGGGUCUCGCCGGCAGCCCCGGCCGGCGCGCGCGGAGCGGGCAGCGGGGCCCGGACGGCAGGGUCCUCUGGAGGCCCCGGAGUUGGGAGGCGGCGUCCGGGAGCCCCCGGAGGAGGAUGGGCUGCGGACACAGCAGGCUGAGCUGCUGCAAACCCCCCAAAAAGAGGCGCCAAGAAUGGGAUCAGCGACCUAAACCAGAACCACAGGAACUAGGUCCCCUCAAUGGAGACACUGCCACAACUGUCCAGCUCUGUGCGUCUGAGGAGGCUGAGCAGCACCAGAAGGACAUAACCAGAAUUCUCCAGCGACAUGAAGAGGACAGGAAGAAAUGGGCACAACAGGUGGAGAAAGAGAGGGAGCUAGAGCUUCGAGAGAAACUGGACGAGCAGCGAAGAGUCCUGGAGGGAGAACAUGAGGAGACCCUGCAAGUCCUCCGGGCCUCAUAUGAGCAGGAGAAAGAAGCCCUUACCCACUCCUUCCAGGAGGCCAAGGCAUCCCUGCAGGAGACCAUUGAUGGACUGACCUCCCAGCUGGAGGCCUUCCAGGCCAAGAUGAAGAGAGUAGAGGAGUCCAUUCUGAGCCGAGACUAUAAGAAGCACAUCCAGGAUUACGGGAGCCCUAGCCAGUUCUGGGAGCAGGAGCUGGAGAGCUUGCACUUUGUCAUCGAGAUGAAGAAUGAGCGUAUUCAUGAGCUAGACAAGCGGCUGAUCCUCAUGGAAACAGUGAAAGAAAAAAACCUGAUGUUGGAGGAGAAAAUCACCACCCUGCAACAGGAGAAUGAGGACCUCCACGUCCGAGGCCGCAACCAGAUGGUUGUGUCCAGGCAGCUCUCGGAGGACCUGCUUCUCGCCCGCGAGGCCAUGGAGAAGGAGGCACAGUUACGGCAACAGCUCCAGCAGGAGAAGGAGGAGCUGCUGUACCGGGUCCUCGGGGCCGAGGCCUCCCCCACCUUCCCGCUGGCCUCUGUCACCCCCACAGAGGUCUCCUUCCUGGCCACAUAGGCUCCGGGUCUGGGCCCCCUAUGAUGCCUGUGGUCGAGCUCCCCACCAAGGACUUUCCAGAGAAGACAGCAGGAGCCUCCCCUUUUCCCAGGAGGGGACAAGGACGGGAGUGAGAUGGGGAGGCAGGGCGUGUGCCCAGUGAGCCCUGGGGGCUUGGGCCACGUAGAAUCACCCAUGGGGCUUUGGAGGCCCCCAGAAGCGCCUUCCCUUGAGUUGGCCCAGGGAACAAGCAAGAGGAGACCUUUCCUCCCUCUCCCUUCUGUCUGUCCAGUUGGGGAAGUUGUGAAGCUUUUCCCAGGGGCAGCCUGUGCCACUUUGGCCAUCUGACAAAGAGGGGACAAUCCCCUGGUCCUAACUUGUCAGCUGUGCUGCCAACUCAUCAGCUGACUCAUCAACUUCCCCCAGAUGUUCCCACUUCCACCCUGGCCUUCUCUCUGCCUCAGUUUAUUGCUCCUCUAAAAUGGUUGAGGGAACUGAAGAAAUGACUCUUGGUCACUACAGUGCCCCGUUCUAGGAUUGUCUGAAAGUCAGACUAGGGGCUAGAGACAGGGUAGGAAGUGGGCCAAACCCUGUGAAUCAAACUGGGAAAAGUAAGGGGGUCACUGGAGGCCCUUGAAGCUGGCAGUGCCAGGGAGCCAACCCAGCCAAGGCAGGAGCUGGGCAGGCCGUCGGGCAUGCCCCUGCUCCCGGUCCCAGAGUCUGGUUAGCCCAGGGAUGAUGGCCAGAGCUGCUCCUCCUGGACCAGGCAAGGCUCACUCUCCAGCUCUCCUGGACCCUCAGUCUCAGUGCCGCCUAGUGGGUCUGAGUACACACACCAGCGAGAGCAGGAUCCUCAUCCCUGUACAGAUGAGGAAACCGAGGUGGGAAGCAUGGCCCACAGAGCCACGACUAGGACCUCCUCUGUCAUCCAGGUCUCGUCUUCUGCUUUUUCUUCCUCCCCAGGCUCUGGGAAGAUCAGAUCUGUGACUUAGUCUUUCUCCUGCUCCCUCUACCUGCCCCCACCCGCUUCCGGUCUCUUUCAUUCCUGUCUUCCACCUUAAUUCCUUUUACCACCCCUGACGGAGACCCAUAGAACCCAUCAGAGAAAGGGGUGGUGGAGGAACGAGCCUCAGCAGGCCUGUCCAGCCCUGACUGUCUGUGGACUUAAGAUUCUUCUCAGGAAGCUCUGGGGACUAUGACAGUAACCCCCCCCCCCACCCCGGAAUAGAGCAUUUUAAUGAAAUGCUCUCACAUACACCUCCCUCCCCUGCUCUGCAUAAGAUCCUUGAGGCAGGUUCUUAUCCCUCUUUAGCAGCAGAGCAAACUAAGAUCACAGGAGCCAAAGGGCCUUGCCUGAGGUCCCCCAGCUGCAGCUCUAGGCCCUGGACCGGCACUCAGGGAAAGUCAAUCACUAGAGCCGAGGUUUCCUCCGUCAUCCCAGACUGCCCUCUUCAUUCCCCCGGGCCUGGUCUUCAUCCAUUUCUAGUGCUGGGAGUUCAGCUGUGACUCUGCCUCUCCGGCCCUGGGCAAAGAGGUUAUCCAGGAGGCUUGGGGACAGCUCUGGAGUGAAGCACACGUGGACUUCUUCAUGCAGCUUUGAAGGCUGCCUGAACUUUAAUAGGCAUGACCAAGAAAAGCAUCAGUGGUCAAGUAUUUUGGGAAAUUCUAGGUUCAGUUAACUUAAACAGAUCUGCAAACUGCAGGACUUGUCAGAACCUUUAAUAAGCUAAUGUGUCCUGCAAAGUCCCGAGAAGGAAGCAAAGCGUCCAGCAUUUCCUAAACUUCUUUGACCAAGUUUCUACCCCAACCGGAGCACUAGAGGCUGCAGAAUGCACUUUAGAAAGCAUUGUUUUACUUGAGAGGGGCCAGGCUAGAGAAGGGGCAAGUUACGGGAAGUAGGGUUUCCCACAGGUAGCCUGUGGUGGAUGUGAGGAGAUAAACUGUGGUCAUAGCCUUACCCUGGGGCAGACAAGCUAUGGAAACUAAAAAGAACACGUGGUAUCGUGGUAUCAUA